CACCUUACGGUCGUCAAAAACGUCAUCAGUUUGUGUGCACAAGCGAAGUUGGAUUUCCAGCCAUGGCAGAAGAUGGCGUGUACAGUAAAUAAAAAUUCAUUAAUGUGGUGUGGACUAUUGGUGCCCUCAAUGGCCAUGAGAUUCAGAAUGUGUUGGAUUACGAUUAUGUUGGUGGUGAUGAACUUUGUUAUAGGUUCACACGCCAACCUUUGCACCAAUCCCUCGCUUCCCGCCAUUAACAAAGUGACAUUUGAACAUUCCACGCCGAAGGGGGGCAUGGCCGCGGGGAACUACACAAAGGAUCCUUACGCCCUUGAUUUUGCGAGCUGCGUAAUCUCAUGUUGCGAGCAGCCAUCUUGUAACGUUGUGUUUAUGUUCGAUACGGUUUGUUAUCUGAUCGAGUGCAAUGUUUCUGAUCCGUCGGGAUGUGAUCCAAAGUAUCGAAAAGAUGACAAGUUCCAGAAGACAUAUGUCGUAUUGGUGCGGGAAAUUGCAGAUUACACGUACUCCACCACCACAACGCCCUCUUACGACAAUGAAGCAAACCAGAACGGUUCGCAAGGUAAAAUGAAUACUCUCCUGUCCGAGAUUGCUUCGAAGUUAAAAAAGCACAAGAUGAACAAUUCCUCAUUUGAGAGUUUGAAUAACGUAACUGCGAAUAUGAGAAAUAUCAGUGCAUCUGACAAUGUGACUGCUAGCACAGUAACUGAUGGCGUAAACGCUCAGCCUAAUGUAACGCUUAGUCCUGCUGCCUCUGAGGCUCCUGAUGUUGUUAACAGCACUACGACUUCUGGAGAGGCAUCUACUCCGAGUGAGACAUCACCAAAGUCACCAGAGAGCACAGCCGAAACUAACGAAGUGAAUAGUGUGAAUCGCAGCCCAGUGGAUGAUAUGACGCCAAUGUUUUCCGAUUCUCUGAAAAAUAGCAGUGAAAGUCAUACGACAGAGAUGAAACCAGUGGAAAGUACUACGGCUGGUUCCGACAACGUUACAGCGACUGGUCCUCCUAAACCAGAAUUUAAAGGCAGCAACUUUUCAACGAGUAGUCCUGUGAAUACCACGGGUGUUAGCAGUGCAGAAAACUCGACUACUCUUGUGGGAACUAAGACUAGUGUUGUGGAGAACACUACUGGUGAUGCAGGCCACACCAGUGUUACAGAAACUCCCACGAGUGCUACUGAAGCACAUUCUGGAGUCACAAAGAAUAGCUCAGGUACUACAGCACCAGACGUCCCACCAAGUACGACACCAGGGACAGACGAGACUCAUACUCCCAGUAGUACUGAGUCACCGAGCAGUACAGUGACAUCUCAAGGAGCUGACACGACAAAGACGACGGAUGCAGAGAAGGCCGCAGAUCUGUUGAGCUCUUUGAAAGGCUUGCUAAACAAUGACACCUAUGCUGGUAAGAGUAAGCUAAAUCAUAGUGCAGAUAACAUCACUGUGGCGCCCCCUAGUAGCCAUAGAGAGAACCAUGUAUCAUCGGGGACAAGUACGACCAAGGUUUCCCCGACUGUAAAGCCUACCACAGCAAAUUUGGAAGCGCUGAUCAAAGAUUUUGUUUUAGGCAAUGGAACGACCAAUGGGAGCAAACUAACUGAUCUGGUCAACAGUCAUAAUACGCAAUCCGUCAACAAAAAACCCAAAGAACCCGACCAUACUCAGGAAUCUCCAAAAUCGACGACGAACGCAGCGUCAAGUCUUCCAUCGAGAAAGAAAGAUAUCUCGUGUAUCUAUGGCCUCAAGGAUGAGUGUGAGCCCCAUGAGGAGUGCACGCCCAAGAAUUCUCGGACGCGCUCUGGGUUGUGUCAUUGUGUUGAGGGGUACACGAGGGAUACAGCGUCUGGCUGGUGUCUGUCUGACUCCCGGGAACGUACGUCAGGGACGACGGCUGAUCAGUCAUCUAUGCUGCCGACUCCAGAGAAGAAGAGCGGUAACACCUCAGGGACACCCCCACCAACAACGACAACAACGAAAAUUACACCAACCUCGCCACCAGGUUCUGUUACCACGGUUUCCUCUGAAAAUAAACAAUCAAAAACCGUCAACCCAGGAGUGAUGCAGUUGGUCGUGUCUGCCGGCAAGAACCAGAAGAUUCAGCUACCGAAGAAUGAAGCCACAUUGUCAGCAUACGUUGUACCAGAGGCAGCAGAAGGUGAGCCGUAUCAGUACCUAUGGACGCUCAUCGCCCACCCAGACGGAGCUGAGACCGGCACAAUGCAGGGGAAGAACACCAACAAGCUCAAGCUUUCAAAUGUCAUAGCUGGGCUGUAUACAUUUGAGGUUGAGGUCACAGCCCCUGGCAAGUAUGGCAAGUCGACGGUCAAUGUCACAGUUUUACCAGUGACGAGAAUCAAUCAGUCUCCCGUGGCCGUCAUCAAACCUCCCUUCCAGGAGAUCCAGCUUCCCAACUCGGCUGUCCUCGACGGCUCAGAGAGUACCGAUGAUGACAAGAUUGUGAAAUACAACUGGGAGGAGGUGCUGGGCCCGCUCGAGGAACAGAAGUUGGAGAAUAGUGAUAAACCCAUGUUGAUGUUACCCAAGCUUGCACCGGGCAAAUACAGAUUUAAACUGACUGUUACUGACUCAGAUGGAGCAACGGACUCAACAGUUGCGAACGUCACUGCACUGAAAGAGGUUGACUACCCACCGCAGGCGAACGCUGGCUCCAACAUUAUCAUCAGCCUCCCCCAGAACUCAGCCAUCCUCUACGGGAACAAGUCAACAGACGAUCACGGCAUCGUAGGCUACGAAUGGAUCAAGAAGUCUGACGGCAAGAAUGAGCUGACGGCCGAUGUGAAAGGUGUGCGGAGCCCGAAUCUACAGCUGAAUAAUUUGGAGGUUGGCGAUUAUACGUUUACAUUGAAAGUGACAGACACCGGAGGAAUGACGUCCACGGCAGAUGUUCAUGUCUUCGUGAGGCCAGAACAAAAUCAGCCUCCGUUAGCGAAUGCUGGUGAAGAUACCGAUGUUAUCCUACCCAAAACAUCGGCCAUUUUGGAUGGUAGCAAGAGCACGGAUGAUCAACAGAUCGUCAGAUACCAGUGGACACAAAUCAGUGGCCCUGGAGGUCUAGCGAUACAGGAUGCAGACAAAGCAGUCGCCACGGUCACCAACCUCAAACUUGGAGACUACCAGUUCCGGCUGACAGUGUUUGAUGUGGAGAAGGUUCAGGCUGAGGACUCGGUCAAGAUUCAUGUCAAAGAAAAUGGUAACCUCGCACCCACAGCUGACGCAGGAGGUGAUAAAAUCGUAUACCUUCCACGGCACACGAUAUUUGUUGAUGGGUCAAAAUCUACAGAUGAUAAAGGGAUCACUGAUUGGCUGUGGACGAGGGACGAUGCAAGCUUGGCAGCUGGGGAUAUUGCCAAUGGUUCUGAUCACCAGCCUAUCCUUCAAGUCACCAACAUCGUCGCAGGACGUUACGUCUUCAUUCUGAAAGUCACUGACGCAGAUGGCUUGAACAACAUCGAUACUGCGUCCAUUAUCGUCAGGCAGGAUAAAGAGAUUAAAAAUCUCGUGGAAGUCCAUGUUAAAGCCGAUCUGAAGACUUUUACUGAGGCAAAUAAGAAAAGUUGGGCAAACCAGCUGGGUUUAUUAUUACACAAACCAUCUCAGAGUGGCGACACUCAGAUCGAGAUACAGCAUAUUGAACAAUGGAAUGGCGAUAUGGUCAUCUAUUUCUACGUUUACAUUGCUGGGCGGGCAAGCAGGGAGAUCUGGUCCGGACCCAGCGUCGUCUCAAUAUUAAAAGAGAAACUCACAAAGCAAGCUGAUAUGCUUUAUUAUGCUGUAUCUUUCAUAGAUACUGUAGUCUGCCAGAAUAACUGUUCCGGACACGGGACGUGUGACCCUGGCACCAAAAGGUGUCUCUGUGAUCCAUUUUGGAUGGAGAACUUUUUCAAGGCACAUUUUUUAUAUCGAGAAUAUAAUUGUGAUUGGAGUAUUUUAUAUGUGAUCAUCGUCGCCUUCCUCAUCGUGGUCGCCCUCGGCGCCUUCUUCUGGAGUAUCGUUUGUCUGAUUCGGCGCUAUCGACGCAUGCGGCCGAGGAAACGUCAUCGUUAUCAACUAUUGGAGGAGUUUGAUGAUAAAAAUUCUAUGAGCAUGAAGCCUAAAGGUAAAAUGCAGAAUAGCAGUCUCAUGGUGUCGGAGUCAGAUGCAACGAGUGAUGAGGAGACCAUCUUUGUGAAUAGUAAAAAAGCCAAUGGGCAUUUACGAAAAACCAACGGAUUUCUCAAACAUACGAAGAAGUUAAAGGCGUAGAAUUCUCGGUUGAUUCCAUCUCUGUUUACCAAAUAUGGUAUUGUGUAUCUCUCAUGUGUAGGACGUAUGCAGGUUUUUGGCCAAGUUGAAUUGGAAUUAACUCAAAAGUGGUUAAUUCUUUGGGUCCUGAAGAUCAAAUUCAAGGUCACAGAAUGUUUGAGUUCAAAUGUCAUUUGAGAACCUUUGAUUUCAAGGUCAUUUGAAGGAUGUGAGAUUUUUGAAAGGGGGAAAGCCUCCAAGGUCAUGCGUUGUUGACCUCUGAGUUGUGAUAUUCAAACCAAAGUAAACUGUAUUAGGACCUGGAUUUAUAUCAGUAUAUCAAUUGGAAAAACUGUGAUCUUGAAAUUAAAGAUUGGCAUUUGAAAAUGAAAUAAUUAUCUGUAGGUGUACACUUAAAUCAUGGCAUAUAUUUCAGAUAUUUCUGAGGUCAAAGCUAAGUCUUGACCUAAAAGCAAUACUUAAGUCCAGUCAUUAUUAUAUGUGUGUAUCUAGUUGCUAUGGCGAUAGAGGUGCAAGUAGUUCAUCUUACCUCAAAGGUUAAGGUCAUGGUGUGACCUUGAAAUGUAUAAAUUUACAAAGGUCACGGUAUGACCUUGAAUUCUAACAUCUGAUCUGAUGUGCUGAGUGGGAAAGUUUAUUGGUUCUGAAUUUUGUUUCUGAUGAUCAAAAUGAACCUUCACCUUUAACUUUGUGGAAGAUUUGAAAAUUAUUGUGAUCUGUAUAUUGUCUAAAAGAUAAUGCUCUUUUUAGGCCAAAAAGAGAAAAUUCUUGGGAUUACCUUUACAUUACAUGGUGCUGUUCCAAAGGUGUUAGCAGGAUCUGAGAUUUCGUUUCUUAAUUCCAGAAAACUUAAUAUUCACUGAGAAAUUUCUUGGAACUCAUUUCGCGUUUCUUAAGUUUGCAUUUGGUAGUUUCAGGUAAUUCUGUGUUCAAAACAUAUUAACGUUUAGGAGUACUGAACCCUCUUUGGUAUAUCUUGGCCUUGUAUGUCCUUAAACCGUUCUGUGCAGAAUGAUUUUUGAUUUUCUGACCAAAACAUCUUGCAGGCGAUCAGGUGAUCAUCUCAGUUGAUUAGAUGCUCUUUUGUUUAUUUCAGUUGCCUAGCAACACAGCAAACAUAUCCACGGUAUAGGCAUGUGCCUUAGCUUUAAUUCCAAAUGUAUAUUUUUGCAGAAACAUAUAUAUGUAUAGUGUACAGAGAAAAAUGUAAAUAUUGAAAUGUAUAGGAAACAGGAUUGUAUAAACUUGUUCACCAGAAGCAUUUGAAGAGGACAUAUUGGUUGAAAUGAUCUACAGCGGGGUAGUGCAUUGCUAUGGGAAUUGGUACUUAGUUAGGUAAUGGUUAUCAGACCAAACAUCGCAAGGGUGUAGCUAAAAUAAACCUUGGUCGCUAUAGCCUGAUUCUGUUAACGCUACAGGGUGGUCCAGAACAACAUUCGAGGUGCGAUGUUUAUACUUGAACGUGUUUCUGGAGUGCCCCCUGGUGUUAUAAAGCACAAAGAACACGAUAAAACAUAAGAGUAUUAACGCUUGUCUUCAUGUGAUACCGACGGCCAACGGUGGAAAGGCUUGCCGACUUGAUAUCGAACAAAUCGUCUGUUUUCUUUUUCAACGAAUGCUCAAGUUUUUAAACUGGACACAGCUUGUGUAUUUUUCAUUUAUUAAACUUCUUAUUUCUGUUUACAUGUACAAAGCAGUGAGUUGCAUACUUUGUUAUUUUGUAAGGUCCAACAGAACAGAUAUUUAAGCAAUACUUUACAAUAAUGCGGGAAACUAUACUUGCGCUUUUGUUCUGGUUUGUUUUGAAUUUGAGCGAUGUUAUCACACGGCGAUGAACCUAUUUGGAUCUAUGAGUAAACUGUCUUACUUAAUUUGCAAGACCAACCUGAGAUUCACAUAUUUAUUUUCACCUGUCUUGUUUCUGUGCGACUCUAUUCUCAGUUACCCGACAUCCUAAUUUGACAUAUCGAUAUUGUGAAUGGCCAGCGACUUAAAAAUACCAAAUAUUUUCACGAGUCCAUUUGAAUUCAUCGUGCCAGAAUUUUGCCUUGAAACUUGUCAUUUCUAAAAUGAUAUUCCGGCUUCAUAGCACCCUAAUAAGGGUCAUAGUCUGCAUGUACUUGUGCAUUUCUAUUGGAUAUGAUAUUGUAUAGCAAUAUGUAAAUUGCAGAAUAGAUGCAUAUUUUCUGUAAUAAAGAUGAAUUAUUUUUGCAGUAUUUCACUAUCAAAAUGUCCUGAAGAUGAACUGUUCACUGGCAAAUUUCCAUGGCCAUUCCAUUUCUGCGAUUUUGAUUGGAAAAACUAAGAUUUCGUAAUGUGCCACGAUAAAAAUAAUAAAAAAUUUUGAAAAUUCUAUUUUGAAAUUUUUGCAAAUCGCAGAAAGAGACCGGAAUAUUUGUUGGUUUCAGUACUAACUCGAGACAUUUUAAUUCUAAAGAGUGUGGCUUUAUGUUAACAUCUGGCCACACAAAAUAAACAAUGUCUGUCUGACCGCUGUACAGUGUAAAAAUAAAUAAUUUAUAAAAAACAGAA